AGUCCUGUCAAAACUGUGCCGAGUUCAAAUAGAUAUUCAAAAUAAAAUUAAAAAUGUUACUUAAAACUAUUUGUACCAUUUUCCUAAUAUAUGUAUCUGUGAUAAAGUGUCAUGAUCUUUAUGCUCAUGAUAAUAACUAUGCACAUCUACGCACAGAACAAUCACAUCGGAUUGACGACCUGCUGCAGAAGCUGUUCGAUCAUAUAUAUGAGGCGAGGGGCAUGAACAGGGAAAUGGAUGAAUUGAAAAGAGAGCAGGUUCAUCACGGAAUCUUACUUAAUGAGCUGAUAAGUAAAUUCAAUGGGAUGGAUAAAGAAAACAACCUUCAGUGGAACGCGCUGAAUAUGGUGAUGAUUGAACUUUACAAUAAGAAGCAGAUUCUGAUUCAGAAUCAGAAUCAGAAUCAAACGAAACCAGAGUUGGAGCCAAUUGGGAUCGGUGGCAGUUGUAUUGAUUUCCUGAACUCGACUCAACGUGGUAGUAGCAUCUAUUCGAUAAUCGUUGCCAGCUUCAGUCAGCUCCCGUUCAAUGUUAGUUGCGAUCAGGACACAAUUGGCGGGGGCUGGAUAACGGUGCUGAGGCGGCAGGAUGGCAGUGUAGACUUCUUUCGCAAAUGGGAGGAGUACAAAAGAGGUAUCGGAACUUUGGAUGGCGAGUACUUCAUCGGACUGGAGAAACUGCAUCAUUUGACCAAAGCAGGGGAUCAAGAACUACUCAUAGAAAUGGAGGACUUCAACGGAAGGCAAGCCUAUGCAAAGUACGAUCAAUUUGUAAUCGCCAGCGAAGAGGAAAACUACAAACUGACCAAACUGGGCAAAUACGCGGGAGAUGCGGGGGAUGAUCUGCGAUACCAUAGGGGUAGAAUGUUCUCAGCUCGGGAUCGAGACAACGAUGAUUUUUCUGGCAACUGUGCUGAGACUUCUCUGGGUGGCUGGUGGUACGGAAUGUGUCAUCAAAGCAAUCUGAUGGGAGUUUAUAAUGAUACCAGAUAUGCCAAAGGCAUUAAUUGGUUUGCAUUUACGGGUCGCAAUGCUUCAUUGAAGAAAGCCAGGAUGUUGAUAAGGACUAAAAAACCUUGAGAUAGUAAUGGAAUACCAUUGCGAAGCUAUAGUUUCCUACAUUAAUGAGAUAACAACCUUAUAUCGAAAAUAUAUUCUUGAUUAUCAA